CCCGUGUUGUCCCCCAGCUGAUGUACAUGCACUGGAUGAACACCAUGGUGGGCUACUGCGGCCCCUUCAAGUACGAGAGCGAGUACUGCGAGAAGCUGCGGGGCUACCUGGAGGCCAACCUGGGCUGGAUGGAGGAGCAGAUGGGCAAGGGGCAGGACCCCGAGUACUGGCACCAGGUGAGGCCGGCCCUGCUGCAGCUGAAGGGGCUGGAGGACAGCUACAACGGGCGCCUGGACUUCCCCCGGGGCAGGUUCACCCUGUCCCCCUUCGGCUUCCUCCUGCUGCAGUUGGGGGGUGACCUGGAGGACCUGGAAUCUGCCCUGAACCGUUCCUCCCCCCGGCGCGUCCUGGGCUCGGGCUCCUGCUCUGCCCUCCUCAAGCUGCUGCCGGGCCAUCGGGAUCUCCUGGUGGCCCACGACACCUGGACCUCCUACCAGUCCAUGCUGCGCGUCAUCAAGAAGUACACGCUGCCCUUCCGCACCUCGCCCGGCGGCAAUUCUCAGAUCCCCGGGAGCAUCCAGGUGUUUUCCUCCUACCCCGGCACCAUCUUCUCUGGGGAUGACUUCUACAUCCUCAGCAGCGGGUUGGUAGCGCUGGAAACCACCAUCGGGAACAACGACCCGGCGCGGUGGAAGUUCCUGGACCCCCGGGGCAGCGUCCUGGAGUGGCUGAGGAACAUCGUGGCCAACCGCCUGGCCCGCAGUGGUCCCGAGUGGGCCACCAUCUUCCGGCGGUUCAACAGCGGCACCUACAACAACCAGUGGAUGGUGGUGGACUACAAAGCCUUCACGCCGGGGAGAGCCACCCCACCGCCGGGGCUGCUGACCGUGCUGGAGCAGAUCCCGGGCCUGGUGGUGGCGGCCGAUGAGACGGAGCUGCUCUACCAGCAAGGCUACUGGGCCAGCUACAACCUGCCGUUCUUCGAGGAGAUCUUCAACGCCAGCGGGAACCCGGAGCUGGUGAGGAAAUACGGCGACUGGUUCACCUACGACAAGAACCCGCGCGCCCAGAUCUUCCGCCGCAACCAAACAUUGGUCCAUGACCUGGACUCCAUGGUCCGCCUGAUGCGCUCCAACAACUACCUGCAGGACCCGCUGUCGCGGUGCCGGGGCUGCGACCCCCCCCAGAACGCGGAGAACGCCAUCUCUGCCCGCUCCGACCUCAACCCCCCCAACGGCACCUACCCCUUCCCGGCCCUGCGCCAGCGCUGCCACGGGGGCACCGACAUGAAGGUCACCUCCUGGGGCAUGGCCCCCACCUUCGGGCUGGUGGCCGCCAGUGGUCCCACCUGGGAUGAUGUCCCCCCCUUCCGCUGGAGCGUGUCCCCCUGCAGUGCUCUGCUGCACAUGGGACACCCCGACCUCUGGACCUUCCCCCCCAUCAAGGUCCACUGGGACUGAGCCUUGGCUGAACCCGUCCAUCCAUCCGUCCGUCUGUCCGCCCACCCACGGGCAUCUAUCCUGCGUGGGGGGGACCCCUUUUUGGGGGGCAGCUGGGUCCAGGGGGACUGGCUUUGGGUGCACGGGGGGGUCUCCUCCCCCCCUGGCUCUUUCUGCUUCUGCCUCUUGCUGCCACAUCCCCGCGGUGCUGGUUGUGCCCCCCGCCCCGGGGCCGUGCCCCCCUCCCCGCCGUGGGGCCCCAGGGCUGGAGCCUCGUUUUUUGGGGGGGCUUCUCCCCAAAAGAUGAUGGGGGUGUCUCCUGGGAGGCUGGGGCUCGCCCGUGGGGCAGAGAGGAGGGGAGCGAGCUGGUUUGGCUGUGACAAAUAAAGGCGUUUGCGUGCA